AGUGAAUGUUCUUAUCAGCAUCAGUAGCUGUCGUAGCUGUGCGUCUGUCCACUUAUUCACUGUUUCAUAUUUUCAACUGCGAUUCAUCCUUCUUUCAGUUCAUUUAUUUUUGUUUUUUUUAUGUUUUUUGGGGCGGUUUUCCUCCUAAUCCAAAUCUUCCUGCUCAUCUUGAAUCCGACUCCUUACGUUUUGACCUCCAUCUAUCACACUGUCUCUCCACCGUCUCUCAGGCCGCGUUGGUUGAAAAGUAUGCUAAGAUAUUGUCCCAUCCUGCCGCCAUCAUGUCCACUGACAUGUCCGCCGCACCCUUGAGGAAGAAGCAGUCGUUUCCUCGGAGCCCCAAGCCAAGUGUCAGGAUGUGUGUCCAGGAACAAAGGAGUAUCCUAACCAUGUUAUCUCCAGACUUGUGCUGCUGGCCGGUGCCCAUGAGAGCCAUCGGAGCUCAGAAUCUCCUCACCAUGCCGGGAGGAGUUUCCAUAGCAGGAUACCUCCACAAGAAGGGAGGCAGCCAGUUCAGCCUCAAGAAAUGGCCAUUGAGGUACAUCAUCAUACACAGAGGCUGUAUUUACUACUUUAAGAGCAGUACCUCUCAGUCACCACAGGGGGCGUUCUCUUUGAAUGGUUAUAACAGGGUGAUGAGAGCAGCAGAGGAGACGACGUCCAGUAAUGUUUUCCCCUUUAAGAUCAUCCACUUCAGUAAGAAACACAGGACGUGGUUUUUGUCUGCAGCCAGUGAGGACGAGAGAAGGAAAUGGAUGCGAUUCUUGCGGAGGGAGAUAGACCACUAUAACGACCGAAAGGAGGCCCAAAUUCCGAGUGACUCUGACUCAGAUGCUGACAGUUUCUAUGGAACCAUUGAGAAGCCCAUGGAUAUUCAUCACACUGUGGAUAACACAGAAGAUGAUUACAUUGAAGAGGAUGAUGAAGAUGAAGAAGACUAUGUGAAACCAGACAGUGACAGCGAGUCAACAUCUACAGGUGUCAAGCCUACAGGGCCUCCUCCCUCAUACCCUCCUCCCCCAGUCCCUGCACCAUUUCAGCUCCACCAGGAUGCCAGUCCAGUUUUCCACAGAGGUCUGCCUCCCAUUCCAUCACACAACAAAACAGCAACCAGCUCACUCCCCAAAAAACCACCGUCUCCUCACGCCCCUGCCUCCAUCCAGGACUUCUCCAACAAAGGUCCGCCUCCACCUCUCCCGUUUGCCCCUCACCUGAAGAACUCCUCUCCCACACCUCCUCCACCACCUCCUCCCAAUGCAAAGAGACUUCUCAAGAGCAGAGGGUCCACAGUGUCUGAAUCAGGAAUCACCAAGAAAGACCAGAGGUCUCUGCCGGCCAUAUUUGUCCAAUCUCCUGCUACUCUGCCCAUCUGCAACCAAUUAGAGACCAGGAUGGUCCUUAAUGGCCCCGCCCACUGCUCACUUAACCAGGAUGAGACCAUCAAUCAUCGUAGCAAGUUUGGUUCCUUGAUGCCCCCAGAUGAUGGAGGGCCAAAUCAUGGACCUAGACCUGGGAUAUCCACCCCCCUGGCCAAACCCCAGACCCCCCCAAACAACCCUCCCCCAUCUCCUGCACCUAUAACUGGAUUUUACAAUAAACCGUUGAUCCCCAAGCCUCCUUCACCAGCAUUCAAACCCGAACUGCCUGCAGCCAAGUCCAAACUACUUCAAAGAGCGCCCCCUGAAGGUCAGAGCUUCAGGUCACCUGGAGAAGAGAAACCUGCAGACACCAAGAUGAAACAGGCUUUGUUGAAACAUUUCAAAGAAGACGAUUCUGACGACGACUAUGAGAAUGUAAGAGCUUCCACACGGGUGUUUCUACAGAUGAAUGAGCUCGACUCCACUAAUGAGACUGAAAAUAAACCAAAAUGUUUUCAACUUUAUUUCACUUUCUUCCUGACUGCUCGAGUCAACAACACACUUUAUCUCUAAAGCACAGUUCUUAAAAAAUAUCAGAAUUUUAAAUUAAAAUGACAAGAAUACGUAUUAGAGCACAUACCUUACACAAUCUUGUACUGUUGAAGUAUUUCCUUGGCUCCACCCCUUUAUCUGAGUUAGGGUGAUGUUUAUGUGAUUGUCUGUUUUUGUUUAUCUGAAAUCAUCCUGCACAGAUUUUAACUCAGUCUUGUCCAAAGAUGACCCAGAAAUUAGGAAAGUGUUGCAUAACUUUGCGUUGGAUCCAU